ACCUACCUUCUCCUUCCCUUCCGGCCGGCCGGCGGGGGCACGCGCGCGCGGCGGCAGGAUCGAGCUGCACGCAUGCAAUAGAUAGAGAGACAGAGAGAGACUUGCUUGCCGGAUCGGAGUGGGCUACUGUCGAUCGAGCUAGGUCGGUAGGAAUCAAUCGAAAAUGGCGGAGGCGGAUGCACGGAGGGUGUGCGGGUUGCCGGAGCGGGUGCAGCUCCAUGGGGCGAUGCUGGCGCUGCAGUUCGGUUACGCGGGGUUCCAUGUGGUGUCGCGGCUGGCGCUGAACAUGGGCAUCAGCAAGCUCGUCUUCCCCGUCUACCGCAACAUCAUCGCCCUCAUCCUCCUCGUCCCCUUCGCCUAUUUCCUCGAGAAGAAGGACCGGCCGCAGCUGACUCUGAGCUUCGUUGUCCAGUUCUUCCUCCUGGCGCUCUGCGGCAUCACCGCCAACCAGGGCUUCUACCUCCUCGGCCUCGACAACACCUCCCCCACCUUCGCCUCCGCCAUCCAGAACUCCGUCCCGGCCAUCACCUUCGCCAUGGCCGCCGCGCUCCGGAUCGAGAGGGUUCGGCUGGACCGGCGCGACGGCGUGGCGAAAGUGGCGGGCACGCUGGCCUGCGUGGCGGGCGCGUCCGUCAUCACGCUGUACAAGGGGCCCACCAUCUUCGGGCCUGCAGGCGGCGACAAGCUGACGGCGGCGGCGAUCGCCGGCGACGGGAAGAACUGGACGCUGGGGUGCGUGUACCUGAUCGGGCACUGCCUGUCGUGGUCGGGGUGGCUGGUGCUGCAGGCGCCGGUGCUGAAGAAGUACCCGGCGAGGCUGUCGGUGACGUCCUACACCUGCUUCUUCGGCGUCAUCCAGUUCCUCAUCAUCGCCGCCUUCAUGGAGAGGGACGCCGACGCCUGGGCCUUCCACUCCGGCUCCGAGCUCUUCACCAUCCUUUACGCCGGAUUCAUCGCGUCGGGAGUGGCAUUCGCGGUGCAGAUAUGGUGCAUCGACAGAGGGGGCCCGGUGUUCGUGGCGGUGUAUCAGCCCGUCCAGACGCUCGUCGUCGCCAUCAUGGCCUCCCUCACCCUCGGCGAGAAGUUCUACCUCGGCGGCAUCAUCGGCGCCGUCCUCAUCAUCGCCGGCCUCUACCUCGUCCUCUGGGGCAAGAACCAGGAGCGUGCCCGCAUCGCCAGGGACCUCCUCGCCUCCUCCUCCUCCUCCACCUCCUCCUCCGCCAUUGCCGCCGACCGCAUCGCCGCCAAGCACGCCUCCUCCGCCACCCAGCCCCUCCUCCUCCCCACCUCCGACAACGCCGUCUAGCUCAUCGAUCAUCGGUCCUUCCGACUAUCAUAUCUAUCGCCAUCAAUUAGUUUCUCUUAAUUAAAAAUUAGCUGCGUGUGCAUGGAUAUAUAGCUACGUACGUACUGGACUGGAUCGAUCAAGCUAGCUACAUAGUGCAGACCACGAACUCUCUCCGUCUGCGAUUCGAUCCCUUUUUCAGUACGACCUGAAUCUUCAAUCAGUCAUGAUGAUUCACCUGCGAGAUUGAACUGCCCAGUACCUUAAUUAUUGCUAGGAUUGUUUCGUUUGGAUCAUGCUGUGUUUCAUUUUGCUUCUUGAUUUGUAACGUCGGUCGAGGCUAUCGUUUGCUGAAUGCUGCCUUUUGUACGUACGUCACCGUAUAAUGUACGUACAACGUGCGUGUGCUUCAUGUACUAUUGUUGCUUAAUUACCUGAGUAGCUAUAUAUUUUGCCUGCUUUGUUUUAUAUUGUGUACUAUUUCUGUUUGUAUCCUUAUUGUUGUUUUGACAUACUCCAUAUGCAUUUUGCAAUCAGUAAAUUAUUAUCAUCGCUCGCUAGUUACAA